GCUCGAUAUGACAGUGGCGGCGCAAGGCAGGCAGGGAUUGAUGCACAUAAAUAGCCGUCCAAUCCCAGAGCAGAAAGAGGGACCAUAACAAGAGGCAGGCUGGCUGGUGAAAAGCGAUGAAAAAAAGCAGAGGAAAAGGUGAAAUUGCAACAGAGGCGCAGAGGAGAGUGAGGAUGAGUGGAGGAGAGAGCGUCUCUCAGUGACGUCUCCAGAGAGGAAGGAGAUGAGCGGGGAGAGGUAGGAGAGGUAGCAGCCAGCACAGAGAACAUCCAUCACAUGAGGCAGCCAUGCUCUGAAGAGGGCAAGAAACACACAUGCCCAGCAGAAGCAGCAGGCCUCGCUAGCAGCUGGAAACACAACAACAACAGUGGAUGACAAGCAUGAGGACAUCCAGGAAAGGAAGUGUGGAGAUGCCUGCGUUUGUGCGCCAGCUGGUGAAAGAGACGGAGAAAAGGGUCAGCUCCUUCUUCAAGGGGAGCCGAGGAGGAGCGGCUGAGGGGGAGCAGCCAGGGGAGGGAGAGAAGGAGGAGGUGAUCCCCAGUCCUUACCUGGAUCGGCCAGUAUUGGACAAGCUAACUGAGGAAGGCUGUGCCCGCUGGGGUCUUACCUAUGCCCUGGGAAGCAUGCAAGGAUGGAGGGCCAACAUGGAGGACUACCACAAUUGUGUACCUCAGCUGGGGGGGGAGCUGGCCGACUGGAGCUUCUUUGCCGUGUUUGACGGUCAUGCGGGAAACACGGUGGCUCAACACUGCUCUCAGCAUCUUCUGGGUCAGAUCCUGGCCACAGGUGGACUGGGGCCCGAGGAUAACCCUGACAAGGUACAAGGGGCGCUAGCAGAGGGCUUCCUGCAAGCAGACAAGCACCUCCUCUCUGUGGCCCGUCGAGAAGGCUGGGAGAGAGGUGGCACCACUGUUGUGGCCACCCUCAUCUCGCCGUAUUACAUCUACUUCGCCAACUGUGGGGACUCAAGGGCCAUGUUGUGUCGCUCAGGACAAGUGUGCUUCUCCACAGAGGACCACAAACCUUACAGCCCUCUGGAGAAAGAGCGCAUUGAGAGUGCCGGAGGUUCUGUGUCCCUCCAACGUAUCAAUGGGUCUUUGGCCGUCUCUCGUGCGCUGGGCGACUUCAGCUACAAGGGGGCGGAGAACCGGUCGCCCAGUCAACAGAUGGUCUCACCUGAGCCCGAAGUGUACGUCAUGGAGCGGUCACCAGCUGAUGAAUUCAUAGUGCUGGCCUGCGAUGGCGUGUGGGACACUAUGAGCAAUGAGGACCUGUGUGCUUUUAUCCACAACCGUCUGCACGUGUGCACUGACCUGAGGGAUGUCUGCUCGCAGGUCAUUGACCUCUGUCUCUACAAGGGCAGCUUGGACAACAUCAGCAUCAUCCUGCUGUGCUUCCCUGGCGCCCCCCAGCUGUCCACAGAAGCAUUACAUCAGGAAGCUGAGCUAGAGGACCUGCUGGAGUCCAAAGUAGCAGAGAUUUAUGAUGAGCUGUGUGGCGGAGGGGAGGAGCCCGAUUUACUGUCUGUCCUCACAGUCUUGGCGUCCACUGUUAUCCCUGGAUUACCACCAGGGGGCGGCAUACAGAGCAAAAGGAACUGCAUUAUCUCUGCUUACUACCAACAAAGAGACAUGCACAAGCCAAGUGAAGUGGAAGGCUCCUGAGAAGGCAGCCUGGGUAACGUCUAUGAAGGGAUCGUAAUUAAUGUCCAUAUGAAGUGUUUUAUUCAUGGUUUGAAAUGGUCAAAAAGGGAGAUAGUGAACAGCGUCUGUUUACAUCAUUCUAACAAAGCAGCACCUUGUCCUAACGACUACAAUGCAAAAAGUAGGCGUGGUAAAGCCUGAUACAGUCUAUAUAUUUGUACCAGAAGGACAUUUUGUAAGACUUAACUCAGCGACACUGACCCAGCAACAAACUUCUGCCUCAUAUUCAGUGAACAGAAGAUACAAAACUGAAUAUCAACAACUGUGAAAAAAUACAUUUUCAAUAUAGUUUGAAGAGCGGGAAUAUUUGUAGCACUGUAGGCACAUUUGAUUGUUAUGUUUGAUGAAAAAGUACUGAUUCAUUGAUGUUGGGCAAAGCUAGCAUCAAUAGGCAAUUGCUAAGGAAAUUAACAAAUAUAAGAAUAUGAAAAUAAAUAAUUUCACAGAUUAUAUUUUCCUUUUUUGUCAAUUUAACUUAACUAAAUAUGUUGAAUAAGCUUUACUUGGCUGAAUGUGUGGUAAUAUUUAGACUUACAUGUUUGUGAAACAUGUUGUGGUUUGUAUGAAAGAGCAGUAGAACAACAAGGAAAGUGAAAAAUAUAUACAGUCGUCCCUCGUUUAUCACGGUUAAUUGGUUCCGGACCCAACCACGGUAAGUGGAUUUCCGCACAGUAGGAUUUAAGUUAAUAAAUGGACUGUUCUCCUAGUUAUAGCAUAGAAAACAUGUUUUUCAUCAUCAUUAGAGCCAUAUAGACAUGAAAUAACACAGUACAUUGCUAAUGCACAGGUAAUGGGAUCACUGCAGGGACAAAAACGAUAGCAUGCUAGUGAGCUUACGAGUUAGCCUCCAAUUUAUUUAUUCUGAACCUAACAAAGGGUUUCAAAUGGAGUGGGGGGGAUAAUAAACCAAAAAUGUACCACUUCCACAAUGAGUAGGAGGAGAAGUUCUUUUCACUCUUAACCUGUCCAACAUACAGUAGCAUGGCUGACUAGAUGCUCUGUGAAGGUCAUGUCACGUCUCAUCCAUGCUUUGUGUCAUUACUGACACCUAGUGGUCAACGACAUAGAACUUGUAUGUACUUUCGUACCAUUUGGAUGUUGACGAAACUUUUCUGUACACUCGUUUCUGUGCCUGUUACUGUAUCAUUCCCUGGAAUCGAGUGGCCAAACAAAGCACCGUACGCAUUGCUGACUCACUGUCCUUGCAUUCUUUAUUUAUUUGGUACGGUGGGUGCCAGCAGUUUGCUAAAGAAAGUGAGAAACACCAGGAUGUAGGGGAAUUCUGUAGCAAUAAGUUCCCUCUGUUGCUCAUUAAUUAUUAUUUGCAUUUCUGCAUGUAAAACUAGAAUAACUUGAGAAUAUUUUUUGGUAAUGUUUUUGGCUGUGCAACGGAUUAAUUUGAUUAUUUUGUGGGAAAAAUUUAGUCGGUUUUUGUUAAUUUCUGUUUGGUUCCACAACAUAGUAAUCUCUCGUUUAUCACAGUUAAUUGGUUCCAGACUCAACAGUGAUAAGUGAAUUUCCACAGAGUAGGAGUCCUCCUUUAUAAAUGGAAUAUUUUUGUAAUUAGAGCAUAGAAAACCUGUGUCCAACCUUCUAAAUACUGGUUUUAACUUUAUUAGAGCCCUCUAGACAUGAACUAACAUCCGUGUAGUCAUUGUUACACUCAUAUUACCCAAUAUAAUAAAAGAAAAUUUAAGACAUAAGUCAAAUUGUGUUGCUAUAAAUGUGUUCGGGAAGUGAUGUUGUGAGUUGCUUUUAGCUGGAUUAUGGCCACAAUAAUAGCCAGUGUUGUUAUAUUCAGUAUUAUUAUGUUAUUAUUAUUGUGCCUGUUGUGAGCUCAUUCCAACUUGCAAUAAAAGCCUGUUGUCCCAGCGAUCAAGUCUGGCGCUUGUGUGUUAUUUACUGAUGUCUAGUGACCAAUGUAGAAUACUGCAUAUCGUAAUUUGAAUGCAUCUUCUGAAUGCUUGACAAUGCUUCACUUCAUUUGCUUAAAUGUGCUUACUUUUUUUUUUUUUUACUAAAAGGCCGUAUUAAGCCAUCAUUUCUUGUCUGAUAUAUUUUAGAAAAAUGGUGAUAGAGUGAAAUUCAAACCGCGAUGUGGCGAGGGACGACUGUAGUCUCCAGUUUACCCGUGGCCUUAAUGAGUACAAGUGGCAUAGAGGAUGGAUGGAUAAAUAGUAGUAGUAGUAGUAAUAGUAUGUUAAUAGGUGCUGCAUACUGAAAAGUCAAAGGAUGCUGGGGGACACUUUGAUAUUCAUAUAUAUAUUUCUUACUUUCUAAAAUAAUUUUCCAGGGUCAAAAUAGUAGUAAUAUUAUCAUUAUCAUGAAUACACUGCACAAUAUGGAAUGGAUUUGUAAUAUUGAAAAGUAAUUUUAGCACAAUUUAAGAAUAACAUGUAAUGAUUAAGUUCUCUCUUCUAUAUGAAACAUGUGUGCAUAUAUGAACUAAAUGCAUGUGAAAUGUAUUUUUGUUCCUGCAUGUUGGACAAUGAUAUAAGACUGCCUUAUUAUCUUGAUCAGGAAGGACAAUUAUCAGGUUGGGUCAUUUUAUCAGCAUUAUUGUUGUAUUAUCUCAGUGAACAACUUUGUGUAAAGUCUAUAUAUAUAUUGGAUGAUUUGCAAAGGAAAUAAAGAAUGUUUGAAAAGACUACUAGCAUGUUUUGAUAUGAAAAGAAAAGCUCAGAGAUGUAAGUGAUUCGAAAGUGGGUGGUUUUGCAUAGAGGAAAAAGCUCCUCCAGGUUGUCUAAAUCUUCCUCCGCGCUCUGCUGACGUGAGCAGCAGCACUUCAAGAUUAGAGGACGUGUUCUUGGGGUGUAUGUUUGAUUGAAGCCAGCAUCUCAAGAUUUCUUGCAUGAUUAC